AUUUUAAAAAUAAUAUUAACAGUUCCUUAAUAAAAUAAAAAUUAAAACAAUCAAUAUGCGUUAUUUCAGUACAUUAAUGUUCGUUUUAGUUGUGUUUGCUGCAUUAUUUGCAAUUGGUAAUGCCGAGACUUGCAACAAGAAAAAUCAAGAAUAUACAAGUUGUGGAUCAAGUUGUCCUGAAACUUGUGAUAAUUAUCAAGAUAAAAAUCUUAUAUGUAUUGCUAUGUGUCGAGUAGGAUGCCAAUGUGUACCAGGAUAUAUUCUAAAUGCAUCAGGAGAUUGUGUCAGACCUGAGGAAUACUGUGAGACGAGCUGCAUAAAAAUGCAAAGUGUAAAAUAUCUAUUGUUCUCUUUGGUGGUGGUCACUUUAACAUUAUAUUCAAGUGAAGCUCGUUCAUCGAGAUGUACAAAACAAAAUGAGAUUUUUGUUACUUGUGGGUCAAGUUGCCCUCUAACCUGCUCAAAUUGGAAUUCAGAUCGUUUCUGCACAUCAGACUGCGUAAUUGGCUGCGAAUGUGAACCAGGAUUCGUUAGAGACAACCAGGAAGAGUGUAUACCACCAAAACUAUGCCCUCAUCAGUAGUUA